ACUUGACGGGCAACCUAGGAGAGGAGUCGAGAGGGAAGGCCUUCAGCAACCCGUCUAGCGCGCAGGAGGGCGUCCAAGCCCAGGUCCGGAGCGAUGGCACGAUUGACGUUUCCGAUGGCGGCGCUGGCUGCUCUGCUUCUGAUCGCUGCUGCAUCCUCCGCCAGCGCGCUUUGCCCGCCCAAGGUGACCAUAGACUACGUCACUUACGCCGGCACCGGCUGCAGCUGGGACAACACGAACUACGUGCUUUCGCCGGACUACUCCACCGUCACGUUCAUCUUCGGCGGCAUGGUUGCCACAACCGACGGAGGGCUUGCCAACACGAGGAAGUUCUGCCAGCUCUCCUUCGCGCUGAAGUAUCCUAAGGGCUGGAUUUUCACGCUGGGGAAGGCGACCGGCCGCGGGUUCGCAGACAUCGGCGCAAACUCGCUGGGCGUCUACGAGUCGAGCUACUACUUCUCCGGACAAACGGGCACGCCCACCAUCAGCCGCACAUUCUACGGCCCGCAAACCAAGAGCUUCGAGGCCACGGACAAAUUCCUGACGAUGGUGUGGAGCGAGUGCAACAAUGUUCCCAACCUGAACAUCAAGACGGUGGUGAGGGUGCAAGGCCAGAAGGCCGCAAUGUUCCUUGACUCUCACGACACCAAGUUCCAUCUGGCCUUCGCCCUCUUCUGGAAGCCUUGCUAAGCAGCGAACCACAUCAUCUGUCAGGGUGACGACGUCGUGCAGCAGGGCGAGAGCCAAGGACAUUCGUCCUCAUAGCAUCGUCUGCUGCGGAGGAACGAUUUGAUAUGGCGGACGGCAGGUUGUACCAGCUUGCGGGGAAGGCGAUCUCUGCAGUAGCGAGUGCCAAAGAACUGUCAACGGAUGUUACGCAGAACCUUCCGCCCUUUUAGUAGUUGUGGAUGGAGCACUCAAGGGGUCGAUGGUUUUAAGUAUAGCCCAAGCAGGGCUCUCCGCCAUCUCAGUAGCUCAGGUUAUUGGAUUAUAUGCAGUUCGUCACUCUUCGCUGUCGUACGCUUGGUGUAGCUGCUUAAUAUAUUUGCGGACUCAUAG